ACUGUAUAUAAAGGGUUGGGCAUAGCUGGUGACGGCAAACACGUGGAUCUCAUUCGGGCAACUUCAUCGCCUUCAGUGAGUCUUGUGUGGUUAUACGAAGUCACCAGCAGCCAUGAGAGAGUGUAUCAGCAUCCAUGUCGGCCAAGCCGGAGUCCAGAUCGGAAAUGCAUGUUGGGAACUGUACUGUCUGGAACAUGGAAUCCAGCCGGACGGUCAGAUGCCCUCAGACAAAACCAUCGGGGGUGGGGACGACUCCUUCAACACCUUCUUUAGCGAGACUGGGGCAGGGAAGCACGUCCCUCGGGGCGUCUUUGUUGACCUAGAGCCCACUGUUAUCGAUGAGGUUCGCACAGGCACUUACCGCCAACUCUUCCAUCCGGAACAACUGAUAACCGGCAAGGAAGAUGCCGCCAACAACUACGCACGUGGUCAUUACACCAUCGGUAAGGAAAUCGUGGACCUCGUCCUGGACCGCAUCCGCAAGCUGGCUGACCAGUGUACGGGUCUUCAGGGCUUCCUCAUCUUCCACAGUUUUGGAGGAGGCACCGGUUCUGGAUUCACCUCACUGCUUAUGGAGCGACUCAGCGUGGACUAUGGCAAGAAAUCCAAGCUGGAGUUCUCCGUCUACCCAGCACCUCAGGUAUCCACGGCUGUGGUUGAACCCUACAACUCCAUUCUAACCACUCAUACCACCCUUGAGCACUCCGACUGCGCCUUCAUGGUCGACAAUGAGGCUAUUUACGACAUCUGCCGCCGUAACCUCGACAUCGAGCGCCCCACCUACACCAACUUGAACCGUCUGAUUGGUCAGAUCGUGAGCUCUAUUACGGCUUCUCUCCGAUUCGACGGCGCCUUGAAUGUCGAUUUGACCGAGUUCCAGACCAACUUGGUACCAUAUCCACGAAUUCAUUUCCCUCUGGCGACGUAUGCUCCAGUCAUCUCGGCUGAAAAGGCUUAUCAUGAGCAGUUAUCUGUGGCUGAAAUCACUAACGCCACAUUUGAGCCAGCCAACCAAAUGGUAAAGUGCGAUCCACGUCACGGCAAAUACAUGGCCUGUUGUAUGUUGUACAGAGGUGACGUCGUGCCCAAAGACGUCAACGCUGCUAUCGCUACCAUCAAGACCAAGAGAACCAUCCAGUUCGUUGACUGGUGUCCCACUGGUUUCAAGGUCGGUAUCAACUACCAGCCUCCAACCGUCGUCCCUGGUGGUGACUUGGCCAAAGUCCAGAGAGCUGUGUGCAUGUUAAGCAACACCACUGCCAUUGCUGAGGCUUGGGCUCGUCUUGAUCACAAGUUUGACCUGAUGUACGCCAAACGUGCUUUUGUCCACUGGUACGUGGGAGAGGGUAUGGAGGAGGGCGAGUUCUCCGAGGCUCGGGAGGAUUUGGCCGCUCUGGAGAAGGAUUAUGAGGAGGUGGGUGUCGACUCUGUAGAGGAUGAAGGAGAAGAGGAACAAGACGAAUAUUAAAAAAAUUCCGUUUACACUGGGACUGUGUAGAGCACACAAUAAGUGCUUGUGUUCCUUGAAGCAAGUUCCAAGAUACAUGUAUUUGAAAAUAAAAAUUGUGCAGUUGGACUUUUGUCUUGUGUUGUUUCUAUUUACGAGAUUUUGAC